AUAUAUCUAUGUUGAGUACCUAUGGCGUUUUAUUAGUCCGUCCCUAUUUUAGGGGUUUUUAGACACAUUUGUCUUUGGUACUUCUUUUGCGUUAGUUUUGAACGAUGGAGCCCAUUGUGGUUUCGUCGUGUCCGCCACCUCAAUCGUUGGAUUCUCAGGAAUGUGCACUUCAGAAUGUUGACAUAGAGCGACUCUUUAUUGAAACUGAUGAGAUGACGGUAAUGAAGACUCUACAGAACAUGCAUUUGGCCAGCUACCACUUGGAUAACGAAAUAAAAUCUGUAAUGACUAAGGAAUUAGAGUCCAUAACUUUAUAUUCUAGUACAAUGUUAGGAAUGUGCAAGCUUGUUAGGCAAGCUCAAUCUGGUUUGAAUGAGUUGGCGGAACAAUGUCGCAAGAUUGGCAUUACAGCAACUCUCGAUUUGUUAGGUAGCGGUGAUACGUAUGAUAAAGAGUUGCAUGAUUUGAUAAAUCGGUGCACCGAGAUUGGUUGUAAUGACGGAACUGUAGAUUAUGUAUCAGACAGCAAGGGUACCGACCAGAUUGCUAUGCUUCUACGAAGCGUUCACGUGUUACAACGAAUUUCAAUGACUAACUUUGGAUUACUAAAGAGGGGGCGGUUGCUUAAAUCAUACCAGUUGCUUACAAAGGAUUACCCGCAGUUAAUUACAUUGGUGUCCCAUUUAGUUGAGAGAUUGGACGUAUCGGAUAAAUUGCGUCCGUCGGAGCCUGAUUCACAUGAUGAACCAUUUGAGAAUUCACACGUAUCCGUUGAUUAUCUUGCGUCAGUGUUAUCUGGUCGUGAGCGUAGUGUUAAUCGCAUUUAUCCUGAACACUUCCAUGACGUUUUAAAGGAGAUUCCAGCUGUUAUUAGAUAUAACAUCUCCAAGUUAAUGCGCAACUGCGAUUCUGCAUUCGGAAGUAGUAAGUUGUUAUUACUAGUAGAGGCAUCUUUAUGCUUAUUAAUGAACAGUGAGCGUUAUCGUUGUGACUACCGCCGUCUUUGGUGUAAGCGUGUAAAGGCUGUUAAAUUAGAGAACAGUCGUAUCGUUUUAGGCAGUCUAACCAGCACUGAAGACCUGUUGGCACAGCUUGUCACUUCCACUAUGUAUCGCAUUUUUUGCUUUGGGCUCAACACUAGUGCAUUAUCUAGGCUUUGGGAUAUGAUCGGUUUGGCUGUAACAGAUUCAACCUCUGAGGUUGAAUCAUCGCCUUCUGAUUACCCUGGAGCCUAUGUUGAGGAUGUAUACUGGUUGGAAUCUAUGGAAUUAUUGCGUCGUAGUUUUGAGCGUGUUGAUCUUGAAGAGAUGAUCAACUUCAGCAAUAGUCUUAAGAGCCGCGCAUCGCAUAUAUGUAAAGACCUCGGUACAAAUGAGUUUCUUGUAGCAGUUUAUAAUACCGUUGGCAUUAACAUGGAAGGAGCACUCUCCGAGGUUUCUAAGGCUAUAUCGGACCAUAUCCACCUAAGUUUCAUUGCCGUCAUAAAUGAGGUCUCUAAGGGUGUUAUUGGCGUUAUAGAGCGUCAUAUGAGCUCACGGGAAAUUUGUACAUCUCAAAUAAAGGCUCUUUCUAGAUUGGUUACAAUGGCUCCUGACGAGAUCGUAUUAUCAGUAAACGCCAAUAUGAAUGAAGUUUUGCAACGUAUAUGUGAGUCUAUGGAAUCAGAAGGACCUCCUGAAUCACGUGGAUGCGUUUUCGAUACCUACGGUGAGGAAGGAUGUGUAUUGACAUGGUUGCACACUACUGGUUUCAACAACAUCGUGUUCAAUAUCGAGUCCCUAUGGCCACAACUUGAUGCGGAAGCGACUUUAAUAUUGGAUGUAAUUGCACAAAAAUGUGUACUAGUGUCUGGGGAUAAAGACCAGGUAGUGUUGACGUUGAUGGGCAUUGCUGUAUUAAGUUCCCAUUAUACACUAUUAGGCGCUCGUAAAUUUUCACAAAGGCUUAAAAUAGCUGCACUGAGGCAUUUCUCAUCUAACAGUUUGGACCUUGAUACUCGAGAUAAGGCAAUUUUAAUAUUAUGUUAUCGUGAUUUCGUUCCUGCCCAUGUUGUGGAUUCUUUGUCUAAUACAUGCAACGAUAUAGCUAAGGAGCUAGGUGACGACUGCAUUGAGUCUUACCGUUCUGCGUACGAAUCAUUUCGCAACUUCGUGUAAGAUGCCUAAGAAGCAGGUUGUACGAAAGCGUGACGAUUACUGUCAGAUGAAGCCGCUUCGCGACUGCCUGAUACAAAAUGGUGAUGAUAUUAGUAAAUGUGUAAAGCAAGUUGAGUUAUUCGAGCGUACGUGUGACAACAACAAGCAAUAUUUUCAUUCGAGGGACGGUCUGGACGACUCCAGAUCUGGACUUUACUCUGGUAAACGCCAUUUAUAGGCAUUGUAUAAAAUAUUACACAUGUUAUACCAUAUACUUUCAUGUGGAUUAAUGGUAUACCCGUGUUGUGCCACGGAAAUGUUCACGGUUUGGAGAAAACUGUGAUGAGGAGUGCAUCACGACCGACAUAUAUCAGUAUUCUACUGUUAAUUUAACCUUUUAAAUGCAC